CAAAUCAAAAUCAAAUAAUCAAAUCUCAACUUGCUCUCAGCGUAUAUCGGGCCUUUAUUUCGUUACAAAUAAUAAAAUAAAAAUAGAAUUUGCUAAUUAAUGAAAUAAACCCUCAACAUGACGGUGAAACCGCGAGACGUACCGGAAAAUGACGAUGACCCCGUCGAAAACAUGCUGAAGAAAACCGGAUGCCUUGAAUUACAUUACAAAGUGCAGGAGUGCAUAGCCACCACGAAGGAUUGGAGAAAAUGCCAAACAGAAGUCGAGGAGUUCCGCACUUGUAUCGGCAAGCACAAGCAGGAGGAAAUAGCCAAAGCCAAGAACUAACUCUGAGGUGCAGCACGGCACCGUAAACAUCAAAUUUCUGUAAAUAAAUAAAUAAAUAUUGGGGACAUCUUACACAGAUCGACCUAGCCCCAUACUAAGCAUAGCUUGUACUAUGUGUACUAACGAAAAAUUUAUAUUUUAUGAAAAUAUGAAGAAUUGGCUUAGGCACAUUAACAAUGAUUUUGUGUAAUAACUUUGUUGAUAAAUUAUUACCAAAGUAUAAAUUAAAAAUAACUCAUGCUCUGAUGUCUCUAAAAAUAUCCGCUUGCAUGACUGAUACUGUGCCUAAGGGUGGUAUUCCAUCUGUCCAAUGUCAUUGCGUCUCACUCUCUCAUUGAGCAAAAUUGUGAGACGCAAUACACAUUGGAAAGAUGGAAUAUCACCCUAAGAUGAAUAAGAUUUUAUUAGGAACUUUAGUGGAAUUUUUGUAAAUAAUCUACAUAGUGCAAAAUAUUGGAGAUACAGCUCUGAUAACAAACCUUGUUAUCACAUAA